AUGAGCAGCCCACCUCCGCGCCCUGCAGGGCGUCCCGAUUUUGAAAUUGCCAUUCUAUGCGCUCUGCCCGUUGAAGCCGAUGCAGUGCUUUCAAUUUUCGACGAGGAUUGGGAAGAAAACGCCGACGGCCAACCCUACGACAAGGCCGUAGGAGAUCCCAAUGCUUACACCACCGGCCUCGUCGGCCGUCACAACGUUGUCCUCGCUCACCUCGGGAACAUGGGAAACGUCAGCUCGGCCAGCGCGGCCGCCAGCUUCCGGUGGAGCUUUCCAAACAUCAAGCUCGCACUUAUCGUGGGCAUCCUUGGCGUCGUCCCUUUCGACCCUAAGGAAACCGGAAUAACCAGGAAAACCGAAAGGGUACUUGGCGACGUUAUCAUUAGCGAGGGUGUUGUGAAAUACGACUUUGGCCGCCAGUAUUCAAAUCGGUUCGUGGUAAAAAACACCCUUCGUGAUGCGUAUGGAAGGCCGAAUCUGGAGAUACGCCCCUUAAAAGCUGUAAAGGCCGGUCCGUGGCACUCCCAGCUGCAAAAGAACCGCAACUUCGUCGGGCGAACCGAACUUAUCGACGAUUUAACGGGCAAGCGAUUUAUCGGCGAUGACGAUGGCCACCAGCGUAUUGCAGUGACUGGGCUCGGCGGCGUCGGUAAAACGCAGUUGGCCCUCAAGAUGUGCUUUUGGGUCAAGGAGAAUAAGCCAGAAUGGUCCGUCUUUUGGAUACAAGCCCUUAGCAUGGCAAGUUUUGAGAAGUCGUGCAGGGACAUAGCCAGUUUGCUGUACCCAGAUAUGGUGGAAAAGCAGGAUGCGAAAGAGCUGGUCAAAAACCACCUUAGCUCUGUCACGGCCGGCUGUUGGCUUCUUGUCGUCGACAAUAUCGAUAAUGAAACUUUGGCAGGACGUGAGGAGGAGGGUAUACGUGACUUUUUCCCUCGCUCGAACAAGGGGAAAAUCCUGUUCACGACUCGAUAUUGGCACAUCGCACACCAGUUGGCCCAAAACGAAAUAACCAACCUUGAACGGAUGGGUGAGGGUGAGGCCAAAAACGCCGAGCAAGAUGUGUUCGAGCUCCUGGAAUUUCUGACAUACUUACCGUUGGCUAUUACCCAGGCGACCUCAUAUAUGAACGUGACGACAGUGUCAGUGUCCCAAUACAUCCGUCUUUUGAGAAAUACACAAGGCGAUAUGAUAAAGCUGUUGGAGACAGAGUGGGAUGACGACAACAGGGACCCUAACCAGACGCAUGCCAUAGUCAGCACUUGGGUGGUAUCCUUUGAGCAGAUUCGGAAAGAUCGGGGUGCUGCCAAGCUACUCAGCUUUAUGACCCAUAUUGAGUUUAAGGCAAUACCGCCGUCGAUAUUUCCAUCAGUUGGGCUGGAGUCAGAGCAGAGCAUGGCACUCGGAGUUCUCUGUGGUUACUCAUUCUUGACAGAACAGGAAAAUGGUGCCACGUAUGAUAUGCAUCGUUUGGUACAUUUCGCUUUACGAAUAUGGGUAAAAAGGCAAUGCAAUUCCAGAGAGCAAAGGCAGGAUGUGCUGGUUCACCUAAAACGGAUUUUUUCGACUAAUAAGUGGGAAGAGCGUGAAAAAUGGCGACAAACUUUGCCCCAUGUGCUUAAAGCAGUCCAAAAUGACGGCAAAGAUAAUGACAGCUGGCAAGAAGAAAACAAUCUAGGUUAUUGGGCAGGAAGAUGCUUAAUGGCUGACGGUAAGAUAAAAAAGGCCUUCAAACUUUUGGAACACGUGGUGCGAAUUCGGGAAACGACGUUGGCAGAAGAUCACCCGGAUCGAUUAGCAUCGCAACAUUCGCUCGCUCGAGCAUAUGAAGCCAACGGUCAAAGAAAAGAAUCCCUGGGACCUGUUCAUCAUUAG